AUCUUCAUUAACAUCUAACCUUUGUGCCCAUUCUCUUUUUUAAAUUAAAAUCUUUUUAACAAUCCAUGAUGUUCUUGCCUCCCCUACUUGUUUUUGCUUCCAUAUUCAGUGCUUGCUGUCUUGCAACUUCAACUUUAGGAGCUGCACUUGCAAAAGAUGAAGUGGAAGCUUUGAAAAGCAUAGGUAAAACAUUGGGGAAGACAAACUGGAACUUUAGUAUCGAUCCAUGCAGUAGCAGAGAUGAGAGUUGGGCAAAAUUUGCAAAAAAAUGUGCUUAUUAUGUUAAUAAUGUCACCUGUGAUUGCAGUUCCACCCUCUGCCAUAUCGUUCGCAUAGCGCUGAAGGGACAAAAUCUACGGGGCACGCUCCCACCACACUUGACCAGACUCCCUUACCUCCAAGACAUCGAUCUCUCUCGCAACUAUCUUAGUGGCUCCAUUCCUCCUCAAUGGGGUUCUAUGCAGCAACUUGUCCAAAUUUCCCUUCUUGGAAAUCGUUUAACAGGUUCAAUCCCAGAGGAGCUGGCAAACAUGAGCAACCUUACCAGCUUAGUCCUUGAGCACAAUAGCUUCUCAGGAAAUUUGCCUGCUACACUGGGGAAUUUACCCAAAAUUGAGAAACUGUUACUUAAUUCCAACAAUUUUAUUGGUGAAUUGCCUGAAACAUUCGCUAGGCUGACUACGUUGAAGACUUUCCGGAUCGGUGACAACAACUUCACCGGAAAGAUUCCCAGUUUCAUUUUCCAGAAUUGGAAAAAGCUUGAGGACAUACGUAUUGUUGCAAGUGGUUUGAGUGGACCAAUUCCAGACAUAGGUUCCUCGGGAAACUUAAAAUAUAUAAUGAUUACGGACUUGAAUGGAGUUGAAUCAACUUUUCCACGACUUAGUAAUUUGUCUAAAUUGGAAUAUCUGAUAUUGAGUAGCUGCAAUCUCAUUGGAAAGCUACCUACUUCCCUUCAAAAUAUGCCAAACUUGGAGACCUUAGAUCUCAGCUUCAACAAACUCAGUGGAGAAAUUCGAAUUUCUCUUCCAGAAGUGAAACAAUUGUUUUUAACUGGAAAUAUGUUUACUGGAGCAAUCCCUCAAUGGAUUCUUAAUACAAAUAAAAAAAUAGAUCUUUCAUAUAACAACUUCACAAGUACAGGUGGUGUUGAUGACUGUCAGAAAAGUGGCCUGAACUUGUUUGCAAGCACUUCAAGGAUCAAUAAUUCAGGAGUUGUUUCAUGUUUGGGAAACCUUAACUGUCCAGUGGAACCUUCGCACUAUCUUUAUAUAAACUGUGGAGGGAAAGAAGAAACUAUUAACAAUAUCACCUAUCAAGCUGAUUCUGAUCCUGCCGGGCCUUCAAGAUUUUAUAGAAGUACUACUCAUUGGGCAUUUAGCAGCACUGGUAUUUUUUUGGAUGAUGGCACUGAAAAGGAUGUAUUAAUUUUGGAAAAAAACCAACUUUCUUCGAGUAUUGGUCAGCUUUACAUCAACGCACGUCUUUCACCUAGCUCUUUGACUUACUAUGCGUUUUGUUUGCACAAUGCAACAUACAACGUGAGCCUCCAUUUUGCGGAGAUAGAGUUCACUGAUGGUAAAAAUUAUAGCAGCUUAGGAAGGCGGAUCUUUGAUGUUUACAUUCAGGGAAAGCGGGAGCUGAAGGAUUUCAAUAUUAAGGAUGAAGCAGGUGGGGCUGGCAAACCAAUUCUAAAGAAUUUUACUGCAAAUGUUUCGGAUGGUACUUUGGAGAUCCAUUUGCAGUGGACUGGGAAAGGGACAACAGUUAUUCCCGUGAGAGGAGUUUAUGGUCCUCUUAUCUCUGCAGUGUCUGUCUUUGAUCCUGUUUAUAAACCUCGAUCGGAAAGUGGGGGAGGUAUCAGCGCAGUUGCGAAGGUUGGUAUUGUGGCUGCAGCAGCAUUCGCUACUUUCUUGCUUGUGGUUGGAAUCCUUUGGUGGAGUGGAUGCUUAAGACGGAGGAGUACACUGGAACGAGAUCUAAAAGGUAUAGAAUUGCAGACUGGUUCCUUCACCUUAAGGCAAAUUAAAGACGCAACAAACAACUUUGAUGCUGCUAAUAAGAUCGGAGAGGGCGGUUUUGGUCCUGUUUAUAAGGGAAUUCUAGCAGACGGAAAAGAAAUCGCUGUCAAGCAGCUAUCGGCUAGAUCAAAGCAAGGAAAUCGUGAGUUCGUGACGGAGAUUGGCAUGAUUUCAGCUGUACAACAUCCUCAUCUAGUAAAGCUAUAUGGAUGUUGCAUUGAAGGAAAUCAACUGAUGCUUAUAUAUGAGUACUUGGAAAACAACAGCCUUGCUCGUGCAUUAUUUGGUCCAGAAGAAUCUCAGUUGACAUUAGACUGGCCAACUAGACGGAAGAUCUGCAUUGGUAUAGCAAGAGGUUUAGCUUAUCUCCAUGAAGAAUCAAGGUUGAAGAUUGUCCAUAGAGACAUUAAGGCCACCAAUGUGUUGCUUGAUAAGGAUCUAAACCCUAAAAUAUCCGACUUUGGUUUGGCCAAGCUUGACGAAGAAGACAAUAUCCACAUUAGCACCCGAAUUGCUGGAACUUAUGGCUAUAUGGCUCCGGAAUAUGCAAUGCAUGGACAUUUAACUGAUAAAGCAGAUGUAUAUAGUUUCGGGAUCGUGUCCCUUGAAAUUGUUAGUGGCAUGUGCAACACUAAACAAGGCCGCGGAAAGGAAGAAUCUUUCUAUCUCCUUGAUUUGGCUAUUACGUUGAAGCAAGAGGUGAAGUUGUUAGAUUUAAUUGAUCCAAGGGUAGCCUACCAUUGUAACGCAGAAGAGGCAAUGGUGAUGAUCGAUGUAGCUCUCUUAUGCACAAAUCCUACCGCAGCGGCAAGGCCUUCCAUGUCUAUGGUGGUGAGCAUGCUCGAAGGCAAGGCGUUGGUUGCGGACAUACUCAUGGAAUCAAGUAUUUACGCAAGCAAGUUCGAUGCCAAAAGGUUGUAUGGGAGAGCAGAAGGAAAUGAUGCGGAAAACAACAGUCAGACAAAGAGUAUCUUAGGAGAUGGGCAAUGGACUUUGUCAUCUGAUCUAUAUCCCGCAAGUUCAAUAUCUUCGUAUACGCAAAAUACCAAUUCAACUUCAACAAAGUAAGAGAACUGGCAGAAU